AUGUCCUCCUUUCUUGGCCUUCGAGGAACAUCCUUGACACUCGCCCAGCUCAUUCUGGUAGUGUGCCCUGCCUUUCUCCUAUUUGGCUACAAUCAGACGAAUGUCGCUGGACUGGCCACUCUGCCUGAUUGGGUCGAACAUUUCCCUCGCAUCGACACGGCUACAACCCACGGUGCCCAGAAAAGCGACAAUGCCACCAUCCAGGGCAUGGUGAUUGCCACUUUUACCCUUGGGGCUCUCAUCGGAUCCUUCUCGUGCUCCUACACCGCCGAUCGUUUUGGACGGAAGCUGGUCAUUUUGGCUGGGGCGGUAUAUACACUGGUGGGAGAGGUUCUCGAGGCAUCGGCAUUCCAGCUCACCCAGCUGAUUGUCGGUCGAACUAUCCUGGGCAUGGGUGUUGGCAUGCUAAGUGGAACCGUCCCAACGUGGCAGAGCGAAUGCUCCAGUUCACACAACCGUGGCAAGCAUGUUGUUUUGGACGGUGUCUUCAUAUCAAUGGGGUACAUGUUACAGGCGUGGAUAAAUCUGGGCUUCUAUCAGUUCAAAACUGGUCCCGUCACCUGGCGACCCCCAGUCGCAAUCCCCAUCUUCUUUUCUCUUGUGCUUGCAUCAUCUAUCUUAUUCAUGCCAGAGUCUCCCCGAUGGCUAGUUCGACAAAAUCGAGUACAGGCGGCGUACGCCACUCUAGCAGCGCUCAAGGAUGAUACGGAGAAUUCGACCCAAAUCCACCGGGAGAUCACGGCUAUGCAGAUAUCUCUGGAGGAAACCCGCCACACGGCAGCGUCACUGUUAGAUCUUCUCCGCAUGGGCGAAGACCGACUGCUGUAUCGCUUUGGUCUCUGCAUCCUCCUGCAAUUCUAUCAACAAAUGUCAGGCGGAAAUCUGAUCUCGGUCUACUCGACUACCAUCUUCGAGUCUGGCCUGGGAAUUGACUCGGAAACAGCUCGUAUCCUAAGCGGAGGCACCCUGACCUGGAAGUUUCUCUCUUGCUUUAUAGGGUUCUUUGCUAUUGAUCGAUUCGGACGCCGCUUUGUGCUUAUGCUCAGUGGUACUGGCAUGGCUACGUGCAUGAUGGGACUAGCUAUUGCGACAUAUUUCCCGACGUCGAACUAUGGCGCACAGGUAGUCAGUGUGUUGUUUGUGUUCCUGUUCAACUUUUUUAUUCCGAUUGGAUUCCUGGGUGCCAAUUUCCUGUACUGCACUGAAGUGUCCCCGACGCGGUUGCGGGUGGCUAUGUCUAGUAUCUCGACUGCAAACCACUGGUUGUGGAACUUCGCUGUAACAAUGAUUACGCCCGUGGCCAUCGACACAAUCGAGUACCGAUAUUACAUUGUGUAUACAUGUGUUGGAUUCUGCAUUCCACUAUCCGUAUACUUCCUGUAUCCGGAGACCGCGGGACGAAGCCUCGAAGACAUCGACCGAAUGUUCCGUGACAGCCCGAGCGUGCUGUCGUGCGUCAAGUACAUGAAGGAGACCGAUCAGUCCGUUAUGGCUAAUGUAGACGAGGAAAAGGAGGUAGUCGAGCAUCGAGAGUCGGUGUAG